GAAUAAGGAAAUUGUCAAAUACCUGCUAAACCAAGGGGCUGAUGUCACUCUUCGUGCAAAAAACGGGUACACGGCCUUUGACCUAGUGAUGCUGCUGAAUGAUCCUGACACGGAACUUGUUCGACUGCUGGCAUCUGUGUGCAUGCAGGUGAAUAAAGACAAAAGCCGGCCCAGCCACCAGCCACCUACACCCCACUCAAAGGUCAGACAGCCCUGGAGCAUCCCGGUGCUGCCUGAUGACAAGGGCGGGCUGAAGUCCUGGUGGAACCGAAUGUCCAAUCGGUUCCGAAAGCUUAAAUUGAUGCAGACACUGCCCCGCGGGCUGUCCAGCAACCAGCCUUUGCCUUUCUCUGAUGAGUCUGAGCCAGCUCUGGACUCUACAAUGAGAGCGGCCCCUCUGGACAAGACAAGUCGCUCUGGGCUCCCUGAUGUGGCCCCCCUGGCCAAAGACAAUGGUCCUGGAAGCACGAGAGGAGAAAAGGAAGAUGCCUUAUUGACAACCAUGCUUCGGAAUGGAGCCCCCUUCACCAGACUCCCGAGCGACAAGCUGAAGGCCGUCAUCCCCCCUUUCUUACCCCCUUCCAGUUUUGACCUGUGGAGCUCCGAUCGAUCCCGGACAUGUCCCAACGGGAAGGCCGACUCCAUGAAGACCGUGCUGCCUCAGAGAGCCAGCAGGGCCCACCCCGGGGGCAGCGGGAGCACAGACUCUACUCCCGUCAGGCCAGUUAAAUUUCCAAGUCUCUCCAGAAGCCCAACGUCUCCUACCAAUUCUGGAAACUUCAACCAUUCACCACAUUCCUCAGGCGGCUCCAGUGGGGCAGGGGGCAUGAGCAGGCCCGGCGGGGAGCUGCAUAACCGCUCAGGAGGCAGCGUAGACAGUGUCUUGUCCCAAAUCGCUGCCCAGAGAAAGAAAGCUGCGGGAUUAUCUGAGCAGAAGCCUGGCCACCGGUCGAGUCCUGUGGGGCCAGCACCAGGGCCCAGCCCAUCGGAGCUUCCAGUCUCCCCUGCAAGUGGCGGUGCUCCUGGCGGCAAGCAGAAAUUGGAGACCAACAAAAGGCCUCCUUCCGGAACCUCCACUACCUCCAAAAGCACCUCUCCCACCCUCACGCCCUCCCCUUCACCCAAAGGACACACAGCUGAGUCUUCAGUGUCCUCCUCCUCAUCACAUCGGCAGUCUAAGAGCAGUGGGGGUUCCAGCAGCGGCACCAUCACGGAUGAGGAUGAACUGACUGGAAUACUUAAGAAAUUAUCCCUUGAGAAAUAUCAGCCCAUUUUUGAGGAACAAGAGGUGGAUAUGGAAGCAUUCCUCACACUUACUGAUGGCGACUUGAAGGAGCUGGGCAUAAAGACAGAUGGGUCCAGGCAGCAGAUUUUGGCAGCGAUUUCUGAACUGAACGCAGGCAAGGGACGCGAGAGACAGAUUUUACAGGAAACCAUUCACAACUUCCACUCUUCCUUCGAGAGCAGCGCCAGCAACACCAGGGCCCCUGGCAGCCGUCCCUCCAUGGCUGGGUGGGUGAGGCCUGAAGAAGCAGCCUGCAGCAAGAGGUAGCAGCUGCUGAGAUGGCUCUGCUGGCAUUGGAACCCUGAGCAAACAAGGGUCACCGAGGGCUCCUCAUCUCUAGCUGUGCCUGACUGGGAGUUCAUGUCAUUGGGAUUCCCAGCAAGGAAGAUGGAAAGGAAGACUGAUCCGGUUGUUGGAGCAGACCCAGCGGGCAGAGGUGCAGGGAACCCCUCUCACUGCCCUCACCUUGGAGCCCCGGAAGAUGCUGUUAAGCAGGUGUGAGACUGGGUGGCCACAGAGACAUCUUCACCAACCUGUGCCUCCAAGUAAGUGCCUUCCUGGGAAGAUCGUCAGCCCAGAACAGAGGUGACAUUGGCAGAUGGUGCUGCAGAGGCCCAUUUUUAGCUGUCUUUGUCCACUGCGUGCAGUUAAUCAGCCUUCCCAUUCCACAUGUAAAGACACCUUUAUUGCUCCCCAAUAAAGUCAAUACCAAAUUCUGCA